ACUGGAGUAUAUCCUUCCCCAAUCUCUCUCUCUCUCUCUCUCUCUCUCUCUCUCUCUCUCUAAAUACAGCUCUAAAUAUAGCAACCUUCCACAUUCCUCAAACACACAAUCCCCACAUCCCUUCCUAACUCCAUGAUUCCCCACACAAACAAACCCAAGCCACCAAUUUCGCUUCACACCCACAAUGUUGUUCCCCUGCUAAAUUCAAUCCCAACCACUCUCCUUCCUCAAACCUCAUCCGCCGCAUAUGGGGAGGGUCUCUGACUCUCCACCGGUGGAGGGGGAGGACAAGCUCCAAAUCAAGGUCCAUUCCCGCCGCGGCGACGAUAAACACCACCACCGCUCCACCACGUCUCCUCCUCGACCGCCACCACAAAUGUAUCAGCCGUUCAAGAAGCACUUCUCAUGGCUCGUGCCUAUUUUUGUGGUUGUCAACGUUGCUCUCUUUAUCAUUGUAAUGUACCUCAAUGACUGCCCCAAAAGGUCCAACAACUGUGUGGGCGCCGAUGUUCUUGGCCGGUUCGCGUUCCAGAGCCUCAAGGAAAACCCACUCCUCGGACCCUCUGGUCCCACCCUACAGAGCAUGGGGGCUUUAGAAGUGAAGAAAGUGGUGGAACAACACGAGGUAUGGCGCCUGAUCAGUUGCACAUGGUUACAUGCUGGUGUCUUCCACGUCCUCGCCAAUAUGUUGAGUCUGCUAUUCGUUGGCAUUCGGCUCGAGCAGGAGUUUGGAUUUCUGCGGAUAGGGUUACUGUACACCAUAUCGGGAGUAGGUGGGAGCUUGUUGUCGGCUUUGUUCAUCCGAACAACGAUUUCUGUGGGUGCCUCUGGAGCUCUAUUUGGUUUACUCGGAGGCAUGCUUUCCGAACUCCUUACGAAUUGGACGAUAUAUGCCAACAAAUUGGCUGCACUGCUGACUCUAGUCCUCAUCAUUGCAAUUAACUUAGCGGUGGGAAUCCUUCCUCACGUGGAUAACUUUGCACAUCUCGGAGGGUUUGCAACCGGAUUUCUGCUUGGAUUUGUGUUUUUGAUUCGCCCACAGUAUGCGUGGGUGAGGCAAAGGAAUUCUCCUCCUGGUUACUACGGGAACUCAUCGAAGCCCAAAUAUAAGAUUUAUCAGCGAGUAUUGCUGGUCAUCUCUCUCAUAAUUCUUGUUGCCGGAUUUGUUUCUGGCCUGGUUUUGCUCCUUCGUGGAGUUGAUGGGAAUGACCACUGUCCAUGGUGUCACUAUUUGAGCUGUGUCCCUACCCCUUUAUGGAAAUGCAAACCGGAACAAGUCUAUUGUGAGUCCAGCACAAUCCACAACCAGCUGGACUUGAAAUGCCUGAGCAAUGGGAAGAGCAAGGUUUACACGUUUGAUGCUACAAACAGCACUACCAGUUUGGAGCAGCUCUGCUCCCAGCUUUGCAGUUGAGAGAGUAUGUUCUGAACACAGACAGACAAGUAUAUAGGAUAUCCUUGAAGUUUGAACGAAUACAUGUGAGCCCCUACAAAUUUGAUAGCUCCGGACACAUCUGUGUGUCUGAGUAAGUGUUUGUGGCAAUGCUCGUUGAAAAUUUGAUGUAUCUACUCUUCAUCGGUGUAUCUCAAGAAAAUAUUAUUCCAUAAAAGUAUUUUUACAAUCAAAUA